GCGGCUCGCUCCUCCGAGGGGCAUGAGUUGAGGCGAUGAUGCGGCCCGGCCGGCCUCGAGGCGGGGUCGGAGGGAAGCAGCUCCUCCCGGACGGGGCUGCCUUCCCCUCGCUGGCCCUUCUCUACCUGCUGCUCUUCUGCUCGCCUCACGGCGCCCACUGCCUGCCCCGCGGAGGAAGGCGCGCCCCCGGCCCCCCGGUCGUGCUGGUGCCGGGAGAUUUGGGUAACCAGUUAGAAGCAAAGUUGGACAAACCUUCUGUGGUGCACUACCUCUGCUCCAAGAAGACAGAAAGUUACUACACAUUGUGGCUCAACUUAGAACUGCUGCUUCCUGUUAUCAUUGACUGUUGGAUAGAUAAUAUCAGGCUAGUAUACAAUCGAACAAGUGGAUCCACUGUGCCACCAGAUGGGGUGGAUAUCAAAGUCCCUGGAUUUGGACAGACUUUCUCCUUGGAAUUCCUUGACCCUAGUAAAAGAAGUGUUGGUACCUACUUCUAUACACUGGUGCAGACUCUGGUGGACUUGGGCUAUCAACGGGAUGAAGAUAUUAGAGGCGCUCCCUAUGAUUGGCGGAAGACACCAAAUGAGAAUGAAGACUAUUUUGUGGCCCUCCGGAAGCUGAUAGAGAUAAUGUAUGAAGAAUAUGGUCAACCAGUGGUUUUAAUUGCCCAUAGCAUGGGGAAUAUGUAUGUUCUCUACUUCCUCAGCCAUCAGCCUCAAGACUGGAAAGACAAAUACAUAAGGGACUUCAUUUCACUUGGUGCCCCAUGGGGAGGAGUGGCAAAAACUCUACGUGUUUUAGCAUCAGGUGACAACAAUCGGAUCCCUGUCAUCAGCUCCCUUAAGAUCAGAGGCCAGCAGAGAUCUGCAGUGUCAACCAGCUGGUUGCUCCCUUACAACUACACCUGGUCUCCAGAGAAGAUCCUUGUCAGCACUCCAUUUGCUAACUAUACUAUUCAGGAUUACCAAAAGUUUUAUACAGACAUUGGCUUUGAGGAUGGCUGGCUCAUGAGAACACAGACCGAAUCCUUGGUCUACAAUAUGAUUCCUCCAGGGGUGCGCAUACACUGUCUUUAUGGUACUGGGGUGGAGACCCCAGAGUCAUUCUUCUAUGACACCUUUCCAGACAAGGAUCCUAAGAUCUUUUAUGGUGAUGGUGAUGGAACAGUGAAUUUGCGAAGUGCCUUGCAGUGUCAGAAGUGGGUGGGCCAGCAGAAACAGAAUGUGACACUGUAUGAGCUUCCAGGGAGUGAGCACAUUGAAAUGCUCUAUGAUGCCAAUACAAUUUCCUAUGUAAAAAAAGUUCUCUUUGGCUCAUGACACAAUGCAGAAUACCCUCUUCUGACAUGACACUUGAAGGGCCUUUUAAGGCAGGGAGGAAGAAUGGCUAUUUUGGACAACCCUAUUUAAAGCCUGCUUGGCUUGUUUGGGCCUUGUUGGAAAUGUUGCUGUCAAUUAAUGAUCACUUGUCUCUUUGAUUAGUGCUCAUAACACACUGUGGUGUCCUACAUACAAAAGGCUCAUUCCAGCUGUAUUUAGUGCAAUCCCAGUGCCCAUCUUUGUGAAGAAUGUGCUGUGCUUGUUCUCUGGGAUGUGGGGAAGGGCAUAGUUGAGCUGUAAAAUAAAGAAAAGGACAAUAACACAACCUUUUCUGAAGGGUCACAAGUGCUGGAUCAUUGUUCCCAGCAGGGAAACUAGUAUUAAGUGAAGUCCCGGCAGCAGCUAUUCAGUUUUGUAUUUAAGUUGGUGACAUCCAGCCAGAUGAGUAUUGUUCAUGAAGAAGAUACAGUAUGUCUCUGAGCUCCUGAUAAGAUUUUCUAGCACAAGAUGAACCCUUUAGCUUGAUACUUGCUGGAGCAAGGUGAGAUCAAUGGCUGAAGACAGCAAGAUUUUCUUUACUGCUGUAACUUGGAGAUUUCCAGUUGGCAGUAGACCUGAGAAUUGACAGGGUAGAUAUUCACGAUGGUCUUAAGGAGAUGGUCUCUCUUUUGUUGUGAUUAGUUGGCUGUCUCUUGAGUACUUGCCAACCUUUGUUCAGAAGCCAGUGUUGUGACAAGUGCUAUUUUAGCCAGAUGCCUUCCUUCCAUGAUCUGGAGUGUCUAAAACACAGGCUGCCUUCCAGCAACGCUUAGCAUUGUAGAGCAAAAUAACAGCCUAAACUGUUCUUGUUACUGGAGACUUCUUCCGGAUGGAGCUGAUAGUAAAGCUAACUCUUCCCAGAAAUUUUGGUAUUGUAACUUGGCUGUCAUGUUUCAUUGGAGGCUCCUUUUCUUGUACUGUAAUCCUCUUCCAAAUUCUAUUUCCUUGUCCCCUAUGGAAGAUCAAGCCUUGUACCAUAGAACAAAAUGGCAUGGGGCAAAGCUGCUCACGUUCCUGAUUCAGGAGUGUAAUGUGCAACCAUAAUUGCAGAAAGUACCCGUAAAAAAAGCACCAACCUUCAUCUGAGGCAGUGCUGGGCAGACUGCAAAAAAAGAGAGGCUCAGCUGACCCCAUAAUUGCCUGUUAGCUGCUGGGUUGGCCAUCUAUUGACAAUCCCUCCUUCCAGAGCAAAUGGUUUAGUAUUUAUUCCUGCUGCUUCUGCCCACCCAAAUAACUGCUUGUGACCAUCUCCUCAGUUAACUAACCAGCAUAAGUGUCCAUCCAACAUGGCACAACCAAACUCUCCUGCCUUGAGCUCAGUCUAUGUUUGGGAUACGAGUUGCUGCAUUGUUAGCUAUGUCUGGUUAGUCCCUGUGUUGAAACUUUCAAAGCACCCAAAAGGGGGAGGUACGUCAAUUGUUGAUGUCAUAAGGGACACUUGUAAGAGGGGGCUGACUUGAGAUUUGUGCCAAAUACUCCAGUUUGAGAGUAAGAGUGACCUGGAAAUCUGAAUUUUGUUCUGAGGAACUUGCACUGAACCUGACCUCUCAGUAAGUAAGUGCACAAAGCGACAGAUGUGGACACCUUUACCAUUUGUAUUUUUCUAAUCUUCAGACUUUUUCCUAACUAGACAAUGAGAUCACACAGAAUCUGCAGUGGUAGCUUACAGUCUGCAAGUAUAUUUUUCCGUUACUGGUAUGGUGUAACAUUUUUAUCUAGUCUAUGUCAAGCUUUUAGGUUUUCUAGAUUGUGUAUUGCUGCAUUGUAGUAGUUUUAGCAUAAUAUUGGUCCUCCAAGAAACAAAAUGUUUUAUCAAAGUAUUUAUUGCCUUAUGGAAUGUGCAAUCCUGUUCAUCCAAUUUCCUGUUUUUCAGUAAUGCCAGUAACCAUUUUAAACAAGGCCACUGGUGAUCACUGUGGGCAUGGCAAUAACAUAAACUCUGAAAGUUUCCAGCAGACAUUGUUCUACGCCUUGCACUCUGAGAGUGCCUCCUCAAGCCAUGUCUUUGAAUUGUCAGCAUCAAUCUGCUUCUGUUUGUUCUGUAGCUGCAAGUUUCAUUUGGGAAUGCUUCUGAUUGCAAAUCUGACUUGCUAAACUGACACUAUACUUAAUUAUAGCUCUAAGAUUGGUUCCACCUUGUCUGUUGCUCUCCAUCCUACCCAUAUCAAUCUUAUGGCCUCAAGGUACCAUUAUGCUUGGUGCCAUGUAGAUCGCUGGGUCCAUGUGGGUGAAACUGGGUUCCUUUUCCCUGCAGAGUUAUUUCUUACUAUUUGGCCUCGCACAUUCACAGGGAAAUCCACAUUCAGCACAACAUCACUUUCAUGGAACAUUCUGAAGGCUAGGGCUUGCCUUAAUGGUCUGUUUAGGACUGUUACACGAGAGAACAGGAAAUGAGUGUGACAGAUCUUCAGAGAUUUGCUAAUUUACACUUCAUAUAACUUACACUUCAGAUCCAUACAUAUGGCGCUUAACAGUGGAACAUAAGGAAAAGCAUAGGUCUCUGAUUCCUAAGUAUGAUCCAAUUUAAAUUACAAAACAGAGAGUGCCAGGCUGGGGGAGUAAUAGAGGUGAAGGUAACAAGAAUGUGUUGAUUUACUUGUGCUUAGGCUUAGUUUCAGUUGGGGAUGAGGAAUAAGGGGUUAAACCAAAGGCCACAUGUAUAUUCAGAGUGUGCUCCUACUGUAUGUGUGCCUUCCAUGUUUUGGCCUUGCAUCAUAUUGUCCAGCUGUAGCUGGUAAGUGGCAUCUGUUGCUGUGACUUCCAACCCCAUUCUUAUGUGCCCUGUAAUACUUCUGUCCCACCUGCUUUUCAUUCUUAAUACAUAGUGCAAUCAAAAUGUCACCUCUUCAUUUCUCCUUUCUCACCUGUCCCGAUCAAUGUCAUACACCUGACUCCCAUUGUUGAUUCCAGGCCAUUGGCAGUUUAUUUAUCAAUGCUUGUGCCAGCUGCCUGCUGUAAAAUUUAAUAUGGCCACGCAUCACUAGCUGUCCCACUGGGGCUUCUUCUGGUUAUAUGACAGACUUUCUCUUCUAUAUUUGGCUUUGUAUCAUAUUGUGGCUUUUUUGUUAUGUUUUUAUCCUUUAACUGAUAACAGAAUGGGAAAAGCUAUAUUGGGUUAGAUUUUGCCAUUUAUAUCCACCAUUUAACAUUGUGAAUGAUGGUUAUUCAUAAAUUCAGUGGUGAAGUACUAAUUGAGUUGGAGCUUCCUGUAGAUCAUGGCCAGGGAGCCACAAAUUGUGCAAUUAAUUUCCUGAAGCUCACAUUUUUCAAACAACAAUGUAUCUGUGUCCUUCUUUCAAACUGCUUUUGAAACUAGAGUUUAAAAGCAUUCUAUUUAUCUUGGGAAUCAACAAUUCAAAGUUAAAUUUUCACUGGGCAUGACGAUCCUAAAAUGUGUCUUUGGGUUCUGGUUGCUGCUGUCAAUCUGUGAAAGCACAUGAGAGACAUGUUCUCCAAAAGAUUGCCUCUUCACGCUAUCUCUUGGUACCCCCAAUUAUUACAAAUGUGUUCAUUUUUCAUGUCCCUGCAACUUUGCUCCCCAAAACCAAAAUAAUUUUAAGGACCAAAUGCACUACAACUGAUAUGUAGAGAGUGCUGGAUGGAACUUCAACCGCUUAAAAGAUAGAUAGAUAGAUAGAUGCUGCUGCUGCUACAAGGUUGUAGGGCUACUAUGUGACUCUGCUAGAAAGAGUAGAUUUCACCAUUGAGCAAUAAGUGUAAAGGAGUUUGCAGGCCAAAGUCAAGAAUUCUAGCCAUGAAGCUAGUUUGCGGAGUACAUAGUGUUUGAGGUGUUCGAAAAUUCAGGGACUGAGCAAUUACUUUGCUGUUCUCUGCUUAACAGUAUUUAAUAUAGAACACUGCCUGGGAAGGCCUGUUGUUUUUAUAUACACCUUCCUCUUCGUGUGAAUGAGUUCAGUAGAUUUCUGACAAUUUGAUUGUCAUACUUUGAUAACAUAAUAAAGUGAAUCAAAUACUAAA